UAAUUGUGUGGGCCAGGAGCGAUUUCAUCUUCUGGUUUGUGAGAUCCUGAGGAACGACAUACUGAUACCUGGGUUAUUGGUACGGCAAGUCGUCUUCUUACCCGGUCCGUCAGUUAUGGUGUCUUCUUAUUUUUAUCGAGCAAUGGCCCUCAUGUUAACAGUAGGAGCUCUCUCCAAACUUCAGAAAAUGGAGCGAAGAGAACAAGCAAGAUCGGAAAAAUUCGCCAAGCUACUGGAAUAUGAAGACAAAAAAGAGAAAGCGACCAGCCAACAUGUCGUUUGUUAUUAUAAAAUCGAAAAGAAUGACACUAAAAGACUUCAGCCUGAGGAUAUCGAUGCUACGCUAUGCACCCACCUGAUAGUCGGAUACGUGGAAGUCCGCCACGACUUCAUGCUCCCAAGGACCAUCCACGAUCUGGAUCGAUUCAACAGGACGAUGGCCCUGAAGAAAAAGAACGCCAAAAUGAAGAUCCUGCUGUCAAUUGGAGAGAAGUCCAAUGGUGGGUUCUCGCACAUGGUAGCUACUAACUACGGCAGAGAAAGAUUCAUUUUCUCUUUGCUUCAUUUCCUCGAUAAAUAUAAGUUUGACGGUGUAGACUUCGAUUGGGAAUUCCCUGCUUGGAACGGAGCAAAUCCGUUGGAACGAUUUUAUUUCAUUUUGUUGCUAAAGGAACUUCGAUUUGUAAUAGAACAGGCGAAAAGAAAUCUCCUCAUAAGCUGCGCAGUUGCCGCACAUGUAGCGAUUAUUGACACAUCUUAUGACAUCCCGGAAAUGGCUAAAGCAGUUGACUUCGUGAACCUGAUGUCCUACGAUUUCCAAAUGUACAGUCCCAGCUACCCGUUCACGGCGCAUCACAGUCCACUUUUCACCAGGAACAGCGACAACCGAAUGAUUUACUAUCUUAAUGGUGCAUGGGCUGCAGCAUUUUGGGAAGCUCGCGGCAUGCCAAGAAAGAAGAUAAUGCUCGGCAUACCAACUCAUGCUCACUCGUACCAUUUGCAAUCCCCGCAAUUGCACUCCAUCGACGCUCCAGCUCUCGGACCAGGUCUUGGCAAAGGAAAGCUCACAUAUCCCCAGGUUUGUCGAUUUCUGAAAGCUGGAGCAACUCAGAUCUUUGAUGUAUCAACGAAGGUACCUUUCGCCUACCUUGGACACAACUGGAUUGCUUAUGACAACGAACACAGCGUGUCUUUUAAAAGCCAUUGGGUCAAAGAUGAAGGAUAUGGAGGAAUCAUGAUCUUCAAUUUGAAUAAUGACGACUGGAAUGCAACGUGUGACAAUUCUACGAAAUUUCCUCUUACGCGAGCAGUUACUAAGAUGAUAUUUUAAAGAGAGGAAAAUAUGGUAGAAAAAUCUAAAGGAAAUUAUUUAUUUUUAUGUGAAUUAAAUCUUUUGGACAAAUAUCUUGAGAAAAAUCAAUAACUAGGCAUAGAAUGUGUUUUUAUAAGAUAAUUUUGUUUGAUAAAUAAUUGACCUUGUUAUAAAAUGACAUUCAACAUUCCUUGCCAUUUCAACAGCUUAAUUAUGGCAACAUGGAAAGUCGUUGCCGAACUUACAUUUCGCAAAUGUUUUAGAGUAACCUGCCAACUAUCGACAAUUAUCAUUUUUGAAUGAGGUUUAGAAGUGCCAGUAUAUUUUUUUUUAUGUAGUUAAUGACAAGAUUCUUAAAGAAUUCUACUCUAGAAUGCGAAAAAAAUUCAGUGUAUGUUGUUAUUUUGUACACUACUAGUCAGAACAUGAAUAUUUUUGUUGUAUUGUCGUUACUAUAUUAAUUUAUUCAAAUAAGAAUACUCACUUGUUUUGUAAUCGUGAUGUUUUAUACAUAAAGAACAAGAAAUGUUUGUGUGUCAUUC